GUUCCAAAGUCAUCAGAGUGCCAUCAGCCGCUACCUAAGCAAAGUGUUCAUCCUCUAAGUCAGUGCCAUAGAAAGUGAUCUAGCCAGAAUUUUUUAUAGAACAAUGAAGGUGUUUAUUGGAAUUAUUGCCAUCUUGGUGGCCGUUGCUUAUGCUGCACCCCAAGGUCAGAGCGAUGCUGACACCCCGAUUGUGAGCCAGAAUUCAGAUAUUCAACCGGACGGCAGCUUCAACUAUGCUUUUGAAACCGGGAACGGAAUCAAGGUCGAAGAUCAAGGAACCAUCAAGAUAGUGAAAGUUCCCAAGACCGACGCUACCGGACGAGCGAUAGGUGAAGAGGAAAUUUCCGUGUCGGUGCAGACGGGAUCCUACCAGUACACUGCUCCUGAUGGACAGAUCUAUACGGUCCGGUACAUCGCCGAUGAGAACGGUUUCCAACCGCAGGGAGAUCAUCUUCCAGUUGGACCAGUUGUCUAGUCUGAUGGGGAUCGAUUACGUCAGUACAAAACGAAACACGUGCAAUAUCUACCGAUUACUGUAAAUAAAUUGUAGCUGGUAAUCAAA